UACAGUACCUGUGACAGAUAACCUGAAGUCUUACAACUUGUAUAGUAGUUGUAGACAUGGCACUGAGUAAAGCGGUUUUUGUGAACCGAUUUUCCACGUUGUUAACGAGGGUAGCUGGAAGCUCCGCUUCGGAAAGACGGCUGUCAAAUUACUACCCUAUAGACGAACAUAUAUUUGGGCUUUCGGAGGAACAAAAACUGUUACGGCAGACCGUGUUUAAUUUUGCCCAGAAAGAACUUGCAACAAAGGCUUAUGAAAUUGACAAGAAGAAUGAAUUCCCUAAUUUACGGACAUUCUGGCGUCAGCUUGGUGAGUUGGGAACUCUGGGUCCAACUAUCUCCAGUGAAUAUGGAGGUUCAGACCUGGGAUAUUUGUCUCAUGUUGUUAUAAUGGAGGAGUUGAGUAGAGCAUGUGCAGCCAUCGGUCUGAGCUAUGUAGCACACUCCAAUCUCUGCAUCAAUCAGAUUUUUAAGCAUGGCACUCAGAAACAAAAAGAGAAGUAUCUGCCAAAGCUAUGUUCAGGAGAACAUAUUGGAGCACUUGCUAUGUCAGAGCCAAAUUCAGGAUCAGAUGUUGUGUCUAUGAAACUUAAAGCUGAGAAGCAAGGAGAUUACUAUGUGUUAAAUGGCAACAAGUUCUGGAUUACAAAUGGGCCAGAUGCUGAUGUCAUAGUGGUAUAUGCACGCACAGAUCCUAACGCAGCAAAACAGCAUGGAAUUUCAACUUUCAUUGUGGAAAAAGGAUUUGAAGGUUUCAGAGCAGGCCAAAAACUUGAUAAGCUUGGGAUGAGGGGUUCAAAUACUGGAGAGUUGAUAUUUGAAGACUGUAAGGUGCCGGUUGAGAAUCUUCUGGGAGAAGAGAAUAAAGGUGUCUAUGUAUUAUUAAGUGGAUUAGAUUUGGAGAGAUUACUCCUGUCUGGAGGGCCACUGGGGAUAAUGCAAGCUUGUUGUGACGUUACUUUCAAGUAUGUUCAUGAAAGGAAACAAUUUGAUAAAAGGAUUGGAGAAUUUCAGUUGAUGCAGGCUAAAAUAGCAGACAUGUAUACUACACUGAAUGCUUGUAGAAGCUAUCUGUAUAAUGUUGCAAGGGCUUGUGAUGGAGGACAUGUGAACAGGAAGGACUGUGCAGGUGUAUAUUUAUAUUUAGCUGAGAAAGCAACUCAGCUUAGCCUGGACAGCAUUCAGUGUCUUGGUGGCAAUGGCUACAUUAAUGAUUAUCCAACUGGCCGACUAUUAAGGGAUGCAAAAAUUUAUGAAAUUGGUGGUGGAACAAAUGAAGUAAGAAGGAUUGUAAUUGGACGAUAUCUAAACUCUGAAUAUUCAUAACUGGAUAUGCUAAAACCAUUUUAAAGCUGUGCGGAAAGUUAUGAAGGUCAAGGUGGAAUGUUGGAAUGCAGCAAUGAAACUGAGUGCAGCAGAGUAAAUAUAUGAUUCAGCGACAUAUCAUUCUGACAUUUGCAGCAGGAAGCUUCAAAAAGUAAAAAUAAUAAAAUUCAGACAGCCAGAAUGGAAGAAAUGCAUUAAAUAUUAUAUGUCACAUAAUACAGUGAUCUUACUUUAGGCUGACAUGAAUUUCAACCUUAUUACAAUGACAAUCUGGAAUUGUAUUAAAAAGGGUUACUAAUAAGUAAUGUAAUAUCUAAGCACUGUUAAAAUAAAUUGUAAGUGGGUAUUGCAA